AUGUUCAUCUACAGGAAUGGACAACCAGUUGUUGUCGAUGGCCAAACUCUUUCUAUCGCGGCUGUUACAGCGGCGUCGCGCUACCACGCGUCUGUUUCCCUCGACGCGUCACCUGAUAAGUUGGCCAAGGUUGCAAAGGCUCGCAAGGUGAUAGCUUGCAAAAUCGACAAUGGCACCAGCAUCUACGGCGUGUCAACAGGGUUUGGGGGUAGCGCAGACACGCGUACCGAUGACCCAAUCCUGUUGGGCAACGCUUUGCUUCAGCAUCAGCACAGUGGCAUCCUUCCUUCGUCAACGAACCCUCUGGAGGUCCUGCCACUGCAGGAUCCACUCGGCUCUACGAGCAUGCCUGAGGCAUGGGUCCGAGGAGCUAUUCUCAUACGUAUGAACUCGCUCGCACGCGGCCAUUCGGGUGUAAGAUGGGAACUGAUUGAGAAAAUGGGCGAGCUCCUCACGGCCAACAUAAUUCCACUCGUUCCUUUGCGUGGGACUAUUUCGGCAUCUGGAGACCUUGCUCCCUUAUCUUACAUUGCUGGCACUCUUAUUGGAAACCCUUCAAUCAGGGUCUUCGAUGGCCUCGCCGCCUUUUCAGGUCGUCAAAUAGUUUCCUCACGACAAGCCCUGGAGGCGCACAACAUCUCGCCUAUUCCACUUGCCUCCAAGGAGCAUCUUGGGAUCCUCAAUGGCACAGCAUUUUCGGCAUCAGUCGCCUGCCUUGCCCUGAACGACGCUGUGCAUUUGGCCCUUUUAUCUCAAGUUUGCACGGCCAUGGGAACUGAAGCGCUUGCAGGCUGUCGCGGUUCUUUCGACCCCUUCAUCAACUGUGUAGCUCGCCCUCAUCCCGGUCAGAUCGAGACAGCCAAAAACAUUUGGGAUCUUUUGGAAGGAAGCAAGUUCGCGGUUACGCAAGAAGAAGAAGUCACAAUUGAGCAGGACCAAGGCGUUCUCCGACAAGACCGCUAUCCUCUCAGGACCGCCCCUCAGUUCAUUGGGCCUCAGAUUGAGGAUCUUCUCCAGUCUAUCGAAACUCUCACCAUCGAGUGCAAUUCGACGACGGACAACCCAUUGGUCGAUGGAGAUACAGGAAAAGUUCAUAACGGAGGGAAUUUUCAGGCUAUGGCUGUCACCAACACUAUGGAGAAGACUCGGCUCAGUCUGCACCAUCUUGGAAAACUCCUCUUCGGCCAGUGCGCGGAGCUGAUCAAUCCAGCUAUGAAUCGUGGCUUGCCUCCUUCUCUUGCGGCUACCGACCCAUCCCUAGACUAUCAUGCAAAGGGAAUCGAUAUUGCUAUGGCUGCCUACGUUUCUGAACUUGGGUACUUGGCCAAUCCCGUUUCUACACAUAUACAAUCUGCCGAGAUGCACAAUCAAGCUGUUAACUCGCUCGCUUUGAUUUCUGCUCGCGCAACGAUCAGUUCAUUAGAAGUUCUCUCGAUCCUGAUAUCUUCUUAUCUUUAUGCUAUUUGCCAAGGCAAGCCAAAAAUUCGAUCAGCCCUUCAGCAUGAAUUCUUACUGGGACUCGAUAAGAUAACAUCUGAAGAAUUGACAGCUGGUCUGGGCUCUUACUUGCCAAAAUCACUCCUGGCCUCUCUCACGGCUGACGUCUAUAAGGCUAUGAAGGAGUCAUUUGAAUCUACAAGUACAAUGGAUGUAACGGCACGUAUGGAGAAAGUGGCCGCUUCCAGCACCACUGUCCUAGUUGAUUCCAUCACAACUCCAGGAUUUGUCGCCCCGGCGCAUGUUGGAUCGAUGCUCGCUUCCAUUCCCGCCUUCCGUUCCCGGGUAUCUUCUCGCGCUGCAGCAUUACUCGACCAAUUGCGACAAGCGUACCUCUCGGGUGCUCGGGGUGCUGCGCCUGCACGGCCAUUCUUAAAUAAGACCCGUCCAGUAUACGACUUUGUGCGAAUAACGCUGGGUAUCAAAAUGCACGGAUCGGAAAAUUAUCACCGGUUUGUCAAUGGAUUGGGGGUGGACGACGUUACAAUUGGACAAAAUGUCUCUCUCAUUCACGAGGCCAUUCGGGAUGGAAAAAUGCAGUCUGUAAUUGUCGGCCUCUUCGCAUGAAUAAAAGGCAAUGGAUUGGCUUCAGGACACCCAGAUACCAUCGCAUCUACAUAAUAUCUAUCAUAAGUAAUAUGUAUUCUUACCUUAUUGCAAGUCACAAAAUAAUAUCACUACUCUUCUGCUGCC